CGGCUCCCCUGACGUCACCCGCAAGGCGGAAGCGAAGCCGCUGGUGGCGGAGAGAGGCGGCCAUCAACACCGGCGAGCAGGAGCCCCGCAGGUUCAGAUCCCGGCGAGAGUCCGUCUGCGGCUUCCCUACAGCGUCCGUUCGCGGCCGGCAUAUCCGCGGGGGUGGGGUGGGCAGCCAUGGAGCCUCAUGGGAGAGAGGAGCCCAGGGGCCCCGUGCUGCACAUAGUGGUUGUUGGCUUUCAUCACAAGAAAGGCUGCCAGGUUGAGUUUUCCUAUCCACCUCUGAUCCCAGAAGAGGGCCAUGACAGCAGCAGUUUGCCUGAAGAGUGGAAGUAUCUCCCAUUCUUAGCAUUGCCUGAUGGAGCCCACAAUUACCAAGAAGACACUAUCUAUUUUCACUUACCUCCUCGAAGUGGUGACAGGAAAUGUGUUUAUGGUGUAUCCUGCUACCGGCAGAUAGAGGCCAAGGCCCUGAAGGUUCGUCAGGCAGAUAUCACCAGAGAAACGGUUCAGAAGAGCGUGUGUGUUCUUAGCAGACUGCCAUUAUAUGGGUUACUACAAGCCAAGCUGCAGCUCAUCACCCACGCCUACUUUGAAGAAAAAGACUUUUCUCAGAUAUCUAUUUUAAAGGAGCUGUAUGAACACAUGAAUGGCUCUUUGGGGGGGACAGCCCUGGAGGGAUCCCAGGUGUAUCUCGGUUUGUCUCCUAGAGACCUGAUACUUCAAUUCCGACACAAGGUCUUAAUUCUUUUUAAGUUGAUUCUGUUGGAGAAAAAGGUUCUGUUUUAUGUGUCACCGGUCAAAAGAUUAGUCGGAGCCCUGAUGACUGUCUUAUCUCUAUUUCCUGGCAUGAUUGAACAUGGGCUUGCAGACUCUUCACACUACAGACCGAAAAGGAGCGUAUCCGAAGACGUCGGCCUCUUCGAAGGCGUUGCCGGCUCCGAGGAAUACGUUUCCGUCUCCGUUUCGGACGCUUUCGGCAGCGCCGGUGCCGAGAGCCGCGGAGAGCGGCGGGAGACCGCGGAGGAGCGCCCGAGGGAGGCUGGCCGGACGGGGCAGCCCGCCCCACAGCCACGGGGACAGGAGGAGACACCGCAGCCUCCCGACGGAGACAACCACCGCCUGAAACCUCCGUCUCGCACUUCUCCGGAGUCCUCGGAGAGCGACUGGGAAACCCUGGACACCAGUGUUCUCGAGGAAGGUGCCGCCAAGGAGGAAGAGGACAGGGAAACUGCCGAGCUCCUGGAAACCUUUGACCCCGAGCUGCCAGGCCUCCCGAUCACUGUCCAGCCGCAGUCCAACACGGGGCAGACCGUCCUCAUCCCGGGCUUGAUCUCGGGGCUGGAGGAGGACCAGUAUGGACUGCCCUUGGCCAUCUUCACUAAGGGGUACCUCUGCUUGCCCUACAUGGCUCUACAGCAGCACCACUUGCUCUCAGACGUGGCUGUGCGUGGAUUUGUCACGGGCGCAACAAACAUCCUGUUCCGACAGCAGAGGCACCUGAGCGAUGCCAUUGUUGAUGUUGAAGAAGCCCGGAUCCAGAUCCAGGAUCCGGAGUUGAGGAAGCUGCUGAGCCUCACCACGGCUGAUCUGCGCUUUGCGGACUACCUGGUGAAACACGUCACGGACAACCGGGAAGACGUGUUCCUCGAUGGCACUGGGUGGGAGGGGGGCGACGAGUGGAUCAGGGCUCAGUUCUCCCUCUACCUCCACUCACUUCUCUCUACCACUUUACAGCAAGAUAACGAAAAGAUGCUGGCAGACUUCGGCUCUCCCUUCAUUGCAGCCUGGAAAAUCUCGCACAAUUACCGAGUGUGGCACAGCAACAAGCACCCUGCGAUGUCCGAGGUCACCCCUGGCCAUCCAUUCCAAGGACAAUACAGUGUUGCAGAUGUGAAACUGAGAUUCUCACACUCUGUGCAGAAUAGCGAGCGUGGCAAGAAGAUUGGCAAUGCUGUGAUAACCACCAGCCGGAGUGUUGUGCAGACGGGGAAGGCAGUAGGCCAGUCAGUCGGGGGGGCCCUCACCAACGCGAGGUCCGCAAUGUCGUCCUGGUUUUCCACCCUCGCUCAGCCGGCCGUGGUGCCGGCAGCCGCGGUCCCUGAGCAGCAGGCGGGCAAGCAGUGACGCCGGGCCGGGAACGCGGAGGCGCACCGAGAUAACGGGUGUGUGCCCGUCCUUGAACAGUACAUUCCACAUCAGUUUUACUCCCAGGGGCAGGACCGGUGACAUGAAGGAUUGUGGGAUCAGAAUACCGUGCGCGAUAAAUGCACCAAGUGGGCGUGGCUCUGCUCCAACCCCCACCUCCCACCCACCCCCGAGAUAUCCGCUGCUUUCCUAGGACUGACAGAGCAUGAAGAGACGACCACAACAUGAUCAUGCAUAGUUAAGCUACCAGUUUCACCUCUAGGGUAGUGUCCUGUUUGUGCUGCAUUUGCGUUCAUAGGAACAGAUGGACGCAAGAGUCCUGGGAGGGUUAUUUCGAAUCCUUCAAGAUGAUAAAUCUUCUCGUAAAGUAGGGAGAACUGUAAAAAUGUCAAACGUUGAAUCAACAAAAGCGUUGUGGGGGGGAAAUCACAAGCCCUUGAAAGUUUUUUUUUUUUUUUAUGCUGUGUUCCAGCAUCACUCACUGUGCUGAGCACAUAGAAUUUGGUAAUUAAAAGCUGCUGCUUUCCCAAACUACACUACAGUUUUGUAGGCAGACCUUCAGAAUUCCCGUACCAUGCAUCAUGUCCCACGCAUGUUUUAACAGGCGAACUGAUUUACAGUAUAAGGCCAGGGUGUACUUUUUUUUGCAUAUACAUGUGUUUUGCUCCAUUGCAACAAGUAUACAGUAUGAAAUUUUAAUGAGUUUAAGGAAUGACUUAGUCAAUUAAAAUAUUUAUUUUUGAGUACUUUGGACAGUGUUUGCAAAAGCAGUACUGAGAUGAAACAAUACUGGCCAUGAAAAGAAAAAUCAUUAUGAUGUUGUUGACAACAGCAGGAAAUUCACACUGACAUUUUAUUGAACAUACAUGAAAUGGGUACGUUCGUGUCCCCAUCCACUUUUAUAGACCAAACUAGCUUGUACCUCUUCAAAGCUCUCCCAUACUUGGAUACCACUGUUGUCCCAGCUCACCCCACAAGUCUCCUUUGGGGCUGAAGUCUGGCGGGCAGGACAUCCCCAACAUAGCCGUCACUUUCUCACCCCGUCGCAAAGCUGACUCCCACACGAGCAGCAUGAGGCCUGGAGUACGGUCGUGUCAGGAAGGGCAGUAGGUGAGGCUGGAGGACGUGAUCAGCGUUGCACCGUGCAGUCAAUGCUUGGAUCAGCUCAGACGCAAUUAGAAAAUGGGAUCCAGAGCAUGCAGUGCAGAAUGCUCUCGCAAAACUGCCCCGCCUGAAUUUUAUGCGGUUUUAUAAAACGAGCGGUUUUGAAAAUGAAUUCAAUCUUUCCUUAUCUGCUCAUUUACAGUUUACUUUUACCUGUAGUCAUCAAUCACUACCUGUAGUCAUCAGUCACCUGUAGUCAUCAAUCACUACAGGUGGAGCUCUGUAGCGACUGGAGACUCUUGCCAAGCCCAUCACACUCGGCACGCGACAAGCAGUGGAUUUUGGUAUCUUUCUGCAUUUUUAUUUCUUGCUUUUCACCUGGCUUGACAUUCAACAGGUUAAAUCACCUCAUCGGCUGUUCCCAGUCAACUCUCCUAAACUAAAUCAGCUAGCGUACUGCUUAUGCAGCAUUACAUCCUACCACAGCCAGUCACGAACGAUCAAUUAAUCAAAACAACGUCAAGACACUCAGUCAGUAUCCAGAAUAUGUCUACUUUCAUUUUAUCUUUAAACACACAAGCAUUCACAUGCAUGAAUAGGGUGAUAGGUGUCCUUUGAUGCUCAGUGCAUUACAUAUUUCUUGCCGGAAUGCUUGGAUCAGCUCAGACGCAAUUAGAAAAUGGGAUCCAGAGCAUGCAGUGCAGAAUGCUCUCGCAAAACUGCCCUGUCUGAAUUUUAUGCGGUUUUAUAAAACGAGCGGUUUUGAAAAUGAAUUCAAUCUUUCCUUAUCUGCUCAUUUACAGUUUACUUUUUACAGAUGAUCAGUAUUUAAAGAUAGUUUUUGAAGCAUAAUUUUAUGCGAUCCAUUACUGAUUUUCCUUUCUGCCGACAUCAUUGGAAGACACGCAGGGUUGGUGUUGGAGAGGACCAAGACGCACAGUAUCAAUGGAGAUUCACUGGUCUUUGCUGUGUUAUAAUCAGGAACUAUGUCACCUUAAAGACUGUAAUGGAGAAAAAAGUCUUGCAUGUCUUUCUUUUCACUUACAUUGCACUAAUCUUCAAGAAAGGCGUGGGGAAAAGGUGUACUAAGUUCAACAGGUUUAUCUAACAAAGGCUUUUGUUUAGGUUUAGAGUGCAGUAUGAGCUCUAAAACCUGGAAUUUCAGGCUUUUUUACUAAUGUACUAAUAGUAGCUCUGGAGUGGUCUGAGUACUUGCAGAAAUUUGCAGAGGGCAGGUUGUUUUCUGCCCAGUGCUGACUCUAUAGUUGCCUAGGUGUGUGGAGCACUGAAAAAACUCAUCUAUCACUAUGAAAAAAGUGACACCUGGAUCAAUAGCAUGUGGUCUCAAAGAAAACUCGGUGUGUAAAUUCUGUUUUCCAGGAUGGGAUUAAAGAGUAUGUUCGUUGAGCAAUAUGCUAAAUUGAGGCCACUUGGAGAGACAUUAAGCCAAUAGUCAGUCCCAGCAAAUUAUUUAAAUAGUUCAAAUGUCUCAUUACAUAUCGUAACUUAAUCAGUAAAAGUCAUUUAAGUCACAAGUGAGGACUUGUAUAUCCAGAGGAGGCCCAUAUCAUGGAUGUUGUUGGCCUCCUGUGACCAGGGCCUGACCACAGUUCCUCAGGUGGCAGUGCACAAUUGGCCAAACAUCAAUUGGCUCAUGUGGCUCGUCAAUGGCAAGCGUAUUCAUGGCUGCUGGCUAAGUUAUAGCGCCCCCUGAGUUUCAAUCUGAUGUUUUACCAGGGAGAACUGUCCUUCCUCUGAGGGCUUAGUGGCAGAAUUAGAUGGUGCCCAUUUUAUUGGAAAUAAAAUAAUAAAGCAGAGUAAAGACGAUACAAGAUACUGCUAUACCGAUAAGAAAAUGUCCUUUAUCGUAGUGAUAUUAACUUACUAGUAAAAGUGAAAGCCUUGCUUAUAAUGAAACCCACAUAUGGUAGGUAAAGUACAGUAGUGUAAGAAACAAAACCAGCUUGAGCAGUCAUGCUUUAAGAGGCUUUUUUUUUACUGUUUUUUUUUCUUUCAAGGCAUAUUGCAUUCCUGCACUAAAGGUCUGUUAGUCAGACGUGUCACAGGAUUUUAUAUCACUUAAGUGAGAGCAAGUGAGAACUCAAACCAUGAAAUAGCUUAUCAAUGAAGGUGAGAACAGUGUAGCAGCUUACAUUUGUUUUGGAAUGGGAGGGCAGUCCAAGGUGUUCAAACAUCAACAUUGAGUCCCUGCAAUGUUCUGCGGACUGCUUUGACAACACUUUGGAACAACUUUUAAUUACUGCCACCUGGAACACAUAAUUGCACACAGAGACAAAAAUAUUCUUACGUAUAUUUGAUCUGUAUCCGUGUAUUUGAAUUAUUCUUUAUCACUAACAAUUUGUAUUUGUUAUUGACUUUUUAAGGCUAACACAGCUUUCCGAUUAGCACAGGCAUGAGGUUUGAUCUUAAAUUCACUUUGUAAAUGUAAAAAGAUGCAUAAUGGUUUUCAUGUCUCUUUGAAGCCUUGUGGUGAAAUUUCAGGGUUUAAAAUUCCUGUGUCUCCCAGUAUGUCCUAUAUAUAAAUCAUUAAUGUUUGAUUUUUUUUUAUAAAAUUGUAUGUUUUUCUGUAUUUAUUUUUGUUGUUCCUGUUGUUGACAUCAGAUGAAUUUGAAGUAUCAGAAAUCCAUGACCGUUUUAAAAGUUCUAAUAUUGUAAAUGGAUGUUUUAAUGUAUGAAUAUAUUAUAAAUGUGAAAUGUCUUGACUUCACCCAAAAGAGUUCUAUAUGCUGACAGUUUGUUUUAAAGUCUUAAAGAAAGAAAAGCUAUAUAUUGCAUUGCACACUAUAUUAAAUGAUGAACUGUA